AUGGGUGACGUAGAAGAAGUGCCAGCUGCGGAUAAUAAUAAUAAUUCGGGAUGGGCACGUGUCCGGUCGUUCCUGUCCACAUUACUCAUGUGCUACUUUUUUUCAUCAUUUUUUGCGCCAAAAGCGGGAAAUAAUAAUAGCAACAGCAAAUCUGUUUAUUCCCCAGCUUCUAGAAAUUUAUAUAAGAUAGGAGAUGCAUUUGAUUUACAUUUUUAUUUGGAUGAUUCGGAAGAUCGAUUCCAAGAUUUCAACAAUUUUGAGAAGCUCUUUUGGUCGCAGAAGAACUUGAAAUUCGGCGAUUGGACAGCUGGAGAUAAUAAGGAUGGCUCAUUUAUAUUCCAAAAGAGUAUUAAAACACCCGCCGCUUUGAGAAGAAACGAAUCAAUAUAUCUUCAUAUCUUCAUGGUUCAAUCGGGUGCCUCUCCUGAUCCAAAGUCCAAAGAGUACUCCGAGAGACAGACUCACUGGAGAACACAUAAGCUGAACAAGUACAAAAAGAAAAUCUAUAAGAAGACCGCUAAUCUUUUGACUGGGGAAAGCGAACAAAGCGCUGAAGACUUGCGCAAAGCUGAGAAAAUGAAGUUUGAAAUUCUCAAUUUCUGGCAUCCAAAUCUCACAAUCAAUAUUGUUGCUGAUGAAACCCAGUGGACAAGAGGAGCUCUCCCAUCCCCAUUGAAGGAGAACAUCGAAUUCGAUUCGCAUGGCUUGUUUUAUUUCCCAAUCGUCUAUUUCAAUGAUUUCUGGAACUUGGGAUCGGAAUACCAACCAAUUAAUGCCACGGAUGAAGAGUUGAUGCUCUCGAUUACGUAUGCCCCUCUGAGUCUGUUCAAAUUUCAAAUGUAUGCUGGUCACGAAAUGAGGAACCAAUGGAGCUCACCUUUUGGAGAUCUUGUGGAAAAUGACAACGAUAAUGAUCAAGACUCUAUCAAACAAGCUAUGAUUGAAACGAAUCCCAUUUUAUUAGGAGUGACAAUGUUUGUGUCAUUAUUACACACCGUCUUCGAGUUCCUUGCCUUCAAGAAUGAUAUUCAGUUUUGGAGAACAAGAAAGGAUCUCGUUGGAUUGUCCGUUAGAUCUGUUUUCUUCAAGAUUUUCCAAUCUCUGAUUGUUUUCCUGUACAUCUGCGAUAAUGACACCAACUUUGUGGUUAAAAUGUCUGUCGGAGUUGGACUUCUCAUAGAGUGCUGGAAAAUUCCAAAAGUAACUGAUGUUACGAUCGAUUGGGAAAACAAGAUAUUGGGAGUUAUCCCAAGAAUGUCAAUUGCUGACAAGGGUACCUACGUAGAGAGUGAUACUAAAGUUUAUGAUGACAUGGCUUUCAAGUACCUGAGCUUCCUUCUGUUCCCUCUUCUCGGGUGUUAUGCCGUUUACUCUGUUAUCUAUGAAGAACAACGUGGGUGGUACUCAUGGAUCCUCAGUAUUUUCUAUGGAUUUUUGCUCACUUUUGGUUUUAUUACCAUGACACCUCAGCUAUUUAUCAAUUAUAAGUUGAAGUCUGUUGCUCAUUUGCCUUGGGGUAUGUUGACUUAUAAGUUCAUCAACACCUUCAUUGACGACUUGUUCGCAUUCGUUAUUCGAAUGCCAACAUUGUAUCGUAUCGGAUGCUUCCGUGAUGAUAUUAUCUUCCUGAUCUAUUUGUACCAACGUUGGAUUUACCGUGUGGAUCCUAAGCGUCAAAAUGAGUUUGGAACUUCUCUGGAAGAAGAUCACACAGCUCCCGAGACUGCUGCCAUCACCGAUACCUCUGAUCCAGUUGAUAAGAAAAACAACUGA